AUGGGGUCACCAAUCUCAGCUCAGACCCUCUCCAGCGGAUGGACUUUCAAACAAGGGGCUCGAGACUCCACCGAAGAAUGGCUCUCCGCGGCGGCCAUCCCAUCAGAAGUCCACACCGACCUACUUCACCACAAAAAGAUUCCUGAUCCAUAUAUUAACCUCAAUGAGCUUUCUGUACGCUGGGUCGGAGAUCAAACAUGGACUUACCGGACCGAAUUUCCUACGCCUCAAAAUUUUGGGUUACCCGGGUUUACUACUGACCUCGUGUUCCAAGGCCUGGAUACUUUCGCGACCGUGUACCUUAACGGCCUCGAGCUUUUAGUAUCAGACAACAUGUUCGUCGAGCACCGGAUUAAUGUAGCGAGUCUGCUUGCUUGGAGCGAUAAGAAGAAGACGAACACGCUCGAGAUCGUCUUCGAACCCGCACGCGCAAAAGGCCUGGAACUCGUGAAGCAGCAUCCUGAACACCGCUUCAUCGUGCAUCAGACCGAAGUCAGCCGAGGGCCGGUCCGGAAAGCACAGUACCAAUGGGGCUGGGACUGGGGUCCGAUUUUGAUGACAUGUGGCAUAUGGAAACCCAUCACCGUGGAGACGUAUGAAGUGCGGAUCGAGGAUCUAUGGCUGAAAUACGAUCUCAGCGAUGAUCUUAAGAAAGUGAAGGGUGAGUUCUUUGGUACCGUACCGGAUUGUGAGAACUACACCGCGAAAGUCACGUUCGAGCUAUCUUUCGAUGGUAAUCAGGUCGUGAAAGUCGACGGCGUGCAAAAGAGCAAAGACGGCCUCUAUACUGCCCCAUUCUCACUUUCGGAUCCCUCGCUAUGGUGGCCUCGCAACUACGGGGCUCAGAAUCUCUAUACUAUUCGCAUGCAUGUCUCAUCCCAGAAGCACACCAUCCCCAGCACCCACCAGAAGCGUGUCGGCUUCCGCAGCGCGGCACUCAUUCAAGAAAAAGACGCCAUUGGCACCUCAUUCUACUUCCGCAUAAACAACGUCGACAUCUUCUGCGGUGGCUCCUGCUGGAUCCCGGCCGACAACUUUCUCUCCCAGAUCACGCCCGAUCGGUAUCGCCAAUGGCUUGAACUCACUGCCGACGGGAACCAAACUAUGAUCCGGGUCUGGGGCGGCGGAAUCUACGAAACUGACGCCUUCUACGACGCGUGCGACGAGUUGGGAGUGCUCGUUUGGCAAGACUUUGCAUUUGCAUGCGCCUUAUACCCGACCUACGAUUCUUACCUCAAAUCCAUAGAGCUCGAAGCUCGUCAGAAUGCUCGCCGGCUGCGGAACCACCCUGCUCUUGUUAUUUGGGCGGGUAAUAAUGAAGACUACCAGCUCAUCGAGCGGUAUGGGUUGGAGUACAACUUCGAAGACGACAAAGAUCCUGAAUCCUGGCUCUGUUCCACCUUUCCCGCGCGCUACAUCUACGAGCACCUUCUCCCAAAAGUCGUGAGUGAGGAAACGAAGGGCUUGCUAUACCACCCCUCUUCUCCCUGGGGCAAUGGCGUAUCCACCACCCUAAAAGUCGACCAGACAGUUGGCGACGUGCAUCAGUGGAACGUAUGGCACGGAGAAAUGCGGCCAUAUCAGCACCUCCCUCAAAUGGGGGGACGGUUCGUGAGCGAGUUUGGCAUGGAAGCGUACCCGCAUCUCGAGACGCUGAAGAGCUGCGUCACAGAUCCGAGCCAGCAGUAUCCCGGAAGUCGAAUGAUGGAUUUCAGAAACAAGGCUAUUGGGCAUGAGAGACGCAUGGUAAUAUACGUGGCAGAGAACUUCAGGAUUACCGACGGCAGCAUUGAGACUUUUACGCACUUGACGCAGGUCAUGCAGGCAGAUGCGAUGGGCUGGGCGUACAGCGGGUGGCGGCGGCAAUGGAGGAAGCAUGGUGAUAGGAAAUGCGGAGGCGUGUUGGUAUGGCAGUUGAACGAUUCGUGGCCCACGGUCUCUUGGGGCGUGGUUGAUUACUGGUUGGUGAAGAAGCCGGCGUGGUAUGCGAUCAAGAGAGCCAUGGAGCCGGUGGCGAUUGGAGUUGAAAGGAAGUUCCGCGAUUGGACGAUGAGGAAGGCCGAUGAGCUGUGGCAGAGAGAUACGGGACAUGUGGAUCCUGUCGCCGCCGUGAAGGUCUCGUUCGAUCUGUGGGUUGCGAGUAGUCGGCUUGAGCCUAUUGAGGGUCUUUUCAAUAUCAGCUACCUCUCGGUGGCUACUGGUAAGCCGCUCUACAAAGUCAUAACGAGAAGGAUAACGAUCACGCCAAAUGGAACGACGGAGGUCUUGACGGACUACACACCCGAGGAUCCUUUGACGGAAGAAUCCGCAGAGGAGCUUGAUCCCUACCUCAUCCACGUCACUCUCUCCGUCGGAGAUAGGGUACUCGCAACGCAUGUCUCUUGGCCUGAUCCAAUCAAGUACUUAAACUUCGACAACCGAGACGUAAAGGGCGAGUACUCUGAUGACAAGCGUUCUGUCACGAUCACAGCCGGCAAUCCCGUCAAGGGCUUUGUGUUCAGUGAGCGGAGAGGAGUAAAGUUGAGUGACAAUGGGUUCGACAUCAUGCCUGGCGAAAAGAAAGUCGUCUUCGUGGAAGGAAUCGAGGCGGAGAAGUUGCACUGGCGGUAUAUUGGAGCGUAGACAGUCGAUAUACACCCUUAAAAGAGUGUGACUAUUUGAAGCAAUGCCAUUUUGAUACAGGAACUUGUGGUAAAGGGA